AUGGAUCAACUUGAUUCUCUUCAUGAUUUAUUUGAGCACCACAAAAACGACAGCCAAGCCGUUGUUCAUUUAGCUGCAAUGAUGGAUUUCCAUCCUCUCAACAGCUGUUCCAGCAAUGGGACCUCUUUAAUUGAAAGAAUGAGAUCCGUCAACAUAGAAGGAAGCAAACAAAUAUUUAAGGAGUUUCUCAAUAGCCCCGAAAAGAAGGUUUUUAUUUUUGCAUCAUCGCAAGCGGCCAUGGGACCUUCUGAAGGAAGUAUUCCAAUGGAUGAAACGUCUCGGUGUCACCCAGUGUUUGAAUAUGGAAAAUCAAAACUCGAGGCAGAAAAGGCACUCGAACAAAUGUUGGAUGAAUAUCAAAAAAAUCCCUCACAGGGGCCAAAGCAUUUGUACAUUUUAAGAUUUACAGGAGUAACAGGAUUAGGAGACAGAUAUGCUGCCUUUGAAAUGAUUCAAGCUUCUUCUUUUGGGGCUGUCGAGUUGUGUUUUCAAUACAGCGAAACAAAGAGUGAGGAAACAUUUUCAGAGCUUUUUAUUAUUGGACCAAAAGAAUCGUCUACUGUUAGACGUAUUUUAGACGUUUGUUGUGUACAAACUGGAUGGCCAACUCCUUUGUUUUCUAUUCCUCUUCCUGUGUUCAGGUUUAUGGUUGAGCCCUGUGAUUAA